GCCGACCCCCUUUCCUUCUCUCUCCACCGCUCCUCGUGACGUCGCGUGCCCACGUCUCCCACGGCCCUCGUCCCUCCUCCUCCAGAUCCGGUCUCCCCUGCCGCCGCCGAUGUCCGAAGAUCUAGCGGGAUCCCGCCGGUGGCGGUGCGACCUCGGCGGCGACGACCGCUGGCUCUCGGGGGCCGCCGGCGACGACCACUUCGACCGCCUCCCCGACGCGCUCCUCCUCGUAAUCUUCAACCGCAUCGGCGACGUCAAGGCGCUCGGCCGCUGCUCCAUCGUCUCCCGCCGCUUCCACGAGCUCAUCCCCCUCGUCGACUCCGUCCUCGUCCGCGUCGACUGCGUCAUCCCCGACGAGCCCCCCUCAUCCUCCUCGCCGUCGGCGCCGUCCUCUCCCACGGCCUCCGUGCGCGCCCGCGGGGUCUUCUCACAGAUCGCGCGCAUCGUGCUCGGCGGCAUCGUGAAGCCCAUCCAGGCGCUCGGUCAGAUCCUCUCACCGGCCAACUCUGCCUCCGGCUUUUCGGCAUCCUCCGCUUCCUCGUCUUCAUCCUUCUCCCCAUCUUCGACGUCGUACUCGCCGCUGCCUCCUGGGGAUGUGUCGCACCACUCGCCCUCGGAGGUGCUCCGCUCCUUCAAGGAGCUCCGCCACCUUCGCAUUGAGCUUCCGUCGGGCGAGCUUGGCACAGACGACGGCGUGAUGCUCAAGUGGAAGGCUGACUUCGGGUCCACUCUCGGCAGCUGCGUCAUCCUCGGCGCAUCCUCGGCCUCGCCGUCCUCCGCUGGCUCAGAUGGCACGAGCACAGCUCCCUCUGUUGAUAGUGGCCGCAGCGAGCCUGACGAAUGUGAUGAUUCAGGAAGCAUCCCGGAAUCGUUCUAUACAAAUGGGGGCCUGAGGCUGCGGGUGGUGUGGACCAUCAGCUCGCUGAUUGCAGCAGCAGGGAGGCAUUACUUGCUGCAGCCAAUCGUUGCUGACCACACAACGCUGGAAAGCUUGGACCUGACGGACGCAGAUGGGCAAGGAGUGCUCACCAUGGACAAGUGCCAACUGCAGGAGCUGCGCGUGAGACCGGUAUCAACAUCUGCGGCCUCGCACCGGACACUCAUGCCGGAGCUUAGCAUGUGGCUGUGGUAUGCGCCAUGCAUUGAGCUGCCUGGGGGUUUGGUGCUGAAUGGUGCGACUUUGGUGGCCAUCAAGCCGAGCGAGGAGGCAACAAAGGACAUGGUUGGGAAUGGGGCUUCUGUGGCAACCUGGGUCUUAGAUGCAUUCGAGGAGCCAUACCGGACAGCAGCAAGGAUGCUUCUCAAGCGGAGGACUUACACCCUUGAGAUGAAUUCAUUCUAAUCCAUAGAGGAGGUGGUGCUUUUGAAGCUUCAUAUAUGAAAGGAUGUUAUAUCUACAAGGGGCAUCUCUGGCUGCCUUUUAUACCCCAAUCAACACCUACUUUGGAUGUGCUACAAUUAUGUUUGGUGCAUCCCUUCUCAUGUUGGGCAUCUGCCAGCAAGAACAUGGAUGGAAAUGGAGAGAAUCCGUGUGUUAAUUUAUCGAUGCUGGAGUAGAGGCAAGCCAUUGCUGAACUGAUGGUGUUCGCUAUGAGGGAACCCUUACUGCUGAGAUCGGAUGUGGUGGCAUAGAUAUAUUUUUUCCCUUAUAUGUAUCCACAUCAAGGUACUAACCUUAUGCAAUUUCUGCUUUGGAUUGCACUGCUUGUUUGCAGAAUAGCAUCCGAUGUGCCCUGUAAAUCAACGUGUGUCGUGAGUGUACUCAGAUUGGCGUUAGCGAAAGCUGAAAACUGUUACUAUAGUAUUUCGAAAGGAUCUGCAAAUGUUGUAGACUGAUACUGUGAAUCUGGAAAUGCUGUAAGCCUUCUGAUGUGAAUCUGCGUGAGCGCUUGAGUAUGUUAUAAGGACAGUUUCGCUGGUUC